UCGGCACCGGCCUAGAGCGUCCCUGAAAGUGUGAGAGCGAGCCGGGCGGGCGGGGACCACCCUGGACCGGCCGCCGGCGGAAUCAUGGCGACCCGGAACCCCCCUCCCCAAGACUAUGAAAGUGAUGACGAGUCUUAUGAAGUGUUGGAUUUAACUGAGUAUGCCAGAAGACACCACUGGUGGAAUCGAGUGUUUGGCCACAGUUCAGGACCCAUGGUAGAAAAAUACUCAGUAGCCACUCAGAUCGUGAUGGGUGGAGUGACUGGCUGGUGUGCUGGAUUUUUGUUCCAGAAAGUUGGAAAGCUUGCGGCAACUGCGGUAGGCGGUGGCUUUCUUCUCCUUCAGAUUGCCAGUCACAGUGGCUAUGUCCAGGUUGAUUGGAAGAGAGUUGAAAAAGAUGUGAACAAAGCAAAAAGACAGAUAAAGAAACGUGCAAAUAAAGCAGCACCUGAAAUCAACAAUAUCAUUGAAGAAGCUACAGAAUUUAUUAAACAGAACAUCGUGAUAUCCAGUGGAUUUGUGGGAGGCUUUUUGCUAGGACUUGCAUCAUAAGGACAGGAAUGUUCUAACAUAGUGGAUGCAACUGUGACAAGAGCAGUGGUGGUAUCAGGGUGUUGUCUCAGCAGCAUCUGCCACCAGAUUUUCUGGAGCAAGGAGCAACAACAAGCUGGACGAUACUGAAUUCAUUACUUUAUUGUUUUGCCUUCCUGAAGCUUGGCAAACUAUUAUCUGCUGUAAAAUACCCUGUAUCCUAUGUCUAUAGUAGUAUUCUUGAGCAAAACAUGGUUAGCUUUCAUCAUUUAAAAGAAUAUAGCCUCCUCCCUGGGGGAUUGACAAGAGAAUGGUGGGUGAAGGGAGAUGUCGGACAG